CUAGCCUGACAAGUUUGACGGUAUCACAUCACUAUGUACUGUAAUACCGAUUGCUCUUCUUCCUCCGCAAAGAAAUGAAAGUUCGACGCGUAACAUAUUUUUCGCAUAUAUUCUAAAAAUGUAACAAUUUAAUAAUUUCGAAGUGAAUAAUAGUGCGAGUGCAUACAUAUUACUAUCCUUGAAAGAUUUUAUGAAGUACUGGAGUUAUUUAAUUUGAUAAAAAUAAAUGAGACAAGGAAUGAAACAAGUACCUUGUUUGCCUUCCAGUCUUUGUCCCUUUGAUCUGUUUUAUUCAGUGAAGGGUAUUUAUUUAUAAUGGGGUUGUUGAUUUCGAAAAUUUGGAGCCUCUUUGGAAACGAGGAACACAAGUUGGUCUUGGUCGGACUUGAUAAUGCGGGCAAGACUACAAUCCUCUACCAACUGCUACUCGGCGAAGCGGUGCAUACCAGGCCGACUAUCGGGUCUAACGUAGAGGAAGUGAUCUGGCGGAACCUACGCUUCGUUAUGUGGGACCUGGGAGGACAACAGAGCCUGCGGUCAGCGUGGAACACCUACUACACAAACAGUGAAUUCGUGAUAAUGGUGAUCGACUCGACGGACCGACAGCGGCUGGGCAUCAGUCGCGAGGAGCUGCACCGAAUGCUUGACCACGAGGAGCUCAGUCGCGCCUGCCUUCUGGUGUUUGCCAAUAAACAGGACGUCAAGGGCUCGAUGACGGCGGCGGAGAUCUCGGAGCAGCUGGACCUCACGUCCAUCAAGCAGCACCCCUGGCACAUACAGGCCUGCUGCGCGCUCACCGGCGAAGGGUUGCAUUUGGGGCUUGAAUGGAUUGCAAGCCGAAUAAAGAAGAAAUGAUAUGUUCCAUUAGAGCUAGAUAUUCCUCUUUGUAUUGUAGUAGAUAUAAGUAUCUAAUAAUACCUGUCUAAAAUGAACAUCCAUGUUAGAGCAUUGUUAACGUUACAUUUUACAUUUCAAUGGAGGAUUAUAUUUUUAAUAAAUGUGUAAUGUAAAUGCAAAUUAACUACGAUUAAUAAGUUUUACUA